GCCAGCGACUAUCAACAACACCACAUGCGGCCACCAUGAAAAUCACAGAGUUGAUCAUUGACGGCUACAAGUCGUACGCUGUCCGAACAGUCAUCUCCGGCUGGGACGACAGCUUCAACUCGAUCACCGGUCUGAACGGAUCUGGCAAGUCCAAUAUCCUUGACGCAAUAUGUUUCGUCCUCGGUAUCACGAAUCUGGGCGUCGUGCGCGCGCAGAACUUGCAGGAUCUCAUCUACAAGCGCGGUCAAGCUGGCGUCACCAAGGCCAGUGUUACCAUUACAUUCGACAACCGCGAUACGAAGAACAGCCCCGUCAGCUAUGAAAGCUUCCCCUCGAUAUCCGUAACGAGAACGAUUGUGCUCGGCGGAGCUAGCAAAUACCUCAUCAACGGAAGUCGCGCGCAACAACACACCGUGCAAAACCUCUUCCAGUCUGUUCAGCUGAACAUCAAUAACCCCAACUUCCUCAUUAUGCAGGGACGGGUCACAAAGGUGCUGAACAUGAAGCCCGCCGAGAUCUUGGCUAUGCUGGAGGAGGCUGCAGGGACGCGCAUGUUUGAAGACAGGCGAGACAAGGCAUACAAGACCAUGGCCAAGAAGGACGUCAAGGUGCAGGAGAUUGCAGAGCUUCUGCGCGACGAGAUCGAUCCCAAGCUCGAAAAGCUGCGGCAGGAAAAGCGCGCCUUCCUCGAUUUCCAGCAGACGCAGAGCGAACUCGAGAAGCUCACGAAGCUCGUCAUCGCGUACGAUUACACACGGCUGCAGGAGCGCCUGCAACAGUCUGGGGAUGACCUCGAGGCGAAGAAGCAGCGGACAAAGGACCUCGAGGAGUCGGCUGUGCGCAUGGCUAAGGAGAUUGAGUUUCUGCAGGAAGAUAUCAAGAAGGUUAAGGCGACAAGAGAGAAAGAGUUGCGCAAGGGUGGCAAGUUCCAAGCGCUGGAGGAGGAGGUCAAGACGAACUCACACGAGGUCGUGCGACUGGAUACAUCGCUUGACCUGAAGCGGACAAGCAUGGCUGAGGAACUUGAGCGGAAAAAAAGCAUUGAGAGCAGCGUCAAGGAUCUUGAGAAGCAGCUCCAGGAGAAGAAAAAAGUGCACGAGAAGCUCCAGACGAAAUACCAGACUGCGCGCGAUGAUUUGGCCAAACAGACCGAGGAGGUAGAGAAGAAAGAAGAGCUAUUACAGACGCUGCAGACAGGCGUUGCCUCGAAAGAAGGUCAGGAGAGCGGCUACCAAGGGCAAUUGCAAGACGCCAGAAAUCGCGCCAGCGCUGUUGCGACCGAGCAGGAGCAAGCGAAGCUCAAAAUCUCUCAUCUCGAGAAGCAGAUCAAGGAAGACGAGCCGAAAGCGAAGAAAGCGAAGCAGCAGAAUUCAGGACUCCUCAACGAUCUGGAAGCGCUCAAGUCGCAGGCGCAGAAGCUGGAGGCGGAUCUCACAAAGAUGGGCUUUGACGAGGGCACAGAGUCGGACAUGUAUCAGCAAGAGUCGCACCUGCAAGCGCGUAUUCGUGAGCUGAAGCAGCAGGCGGAUGAGAUGAGGCGCAGAGUGUCGAACAUCGACUUCAGCUACAGUGAUCCAUCUCCAAAUUUUGACCGAUCGAAGGUCAAGGGUCUCGUCGCACAGCUCUUUACUCUCAAGAAGGAACACACUCAGGCUGGAACUGCUCUGGAAGUCGCCGCUGGAGGCCGCUUGUACAAUGUUGUGGUCGAUUCGGCCGCGACUGGCAAGCAGCUUCUGGAGAAUGGCAGGCUCAAGAAGCGGGUUACAAUCAUUCCACUCAACAAGAUUGCGGCAUUCCGAGCAUCUGCACAGAAGAUUGGUGCGGCACAAAGGAUAGCACCAGGAAAGGUCGACCUCGCAUUGUCGCUUGUUGGGUACGACAACGAAGUCAAUGCUGCUAUGGAGUAUGUGUUUGGCUCAACACUUGUCUGCGAGGACGCAGAGACCGCUAAGCGCGUUACCUUCGAUCCAGCAGUACGCAUGCGGAGCGUCACCUUCCAGGGCGAUACAUAUGAUCCCGCAGGUACACUCUCCGGAGGUAGCGCGCCGCAAUCGAGCGGUGUUCUGGUCACGAUGCAGAAACUCAACGAGAUCACGACCGAGCUUCGAUCGCAAGAGCACCAGCUACGGCAACUGCAGGAGACUAUGGCCCGAGAGAAAAAGAGGCUGGAUGCUGCCCGCAAGACCAAGCAGGAGUUGGAUCUCAAGAAGCACGAGAUCAAGCUUACAGAGGAGCAAAUCAGCGGCAACUCUUCGUCGUCUAUCAUUCAAGCUAUUGAGGAGAUGAAGCAGAGUGUCGCCCGGCUGAAAGAAGACGUCAAGUCCUCCAAAGCACGACAAGACGAGGCGAAGGCAGACAUUAAGCGCAUUGAGCGUGAUAUGAGCGAGUUUAACAACAACAAAGACAGCAAACUGGCGGAGUUGCAGUCCUCGCUCGAGAAGUUAAAGAAGACGUUGACCAAAAACAACGCUGCCAUCAAGCCUCUGCAGUCUGAGGUGCGCGAGGCCAUGGUGGAGUCGGAACAGUGCGGCAGCGAUCUUGCUGCGGCGCAAGAGCAGCUCGAAGAUGUCCAAGUGACAAUCAAGACUCAGCAGGAAGAGAUCGAUGAGCUUUUGGCAGAGCAGAAGCAGGCUCAGGACGCACACGACAUCGCCCAGGCCCAAUUAGCGGAUGAGCAGGCAAAACUGACUGGCUUCGACGAGGAGCUUCGAUCACUCGAAGACACGAUUCGUGCGAAGAACUCGUCCAUCACAGAAGGCGGUCUGGAACAGCAGAAGCUCGGUCACGAGAUCGAGAAAUUCCACAAAGAGUCUGAGGGCGCUGCAGGGCAUAUCGCGGCGCUUCAAAAGGAGCAUGACUUCAUCGCCAGCGAUGCCGAGUUGUUUGGCCGCGCAGGAACUGUCUACGACUUCGCCGGUGUCAACAUGGCCGACUGCAAGCCCAAGCGCAAAGCCUUGGAGGAGCGCUUCCAGCAGCGCAAGAACAAGAUCAACCCCAAGGUCAUGGCCAUGAUUGACAAUGUCGAGAAGAAAGAGGCCAGUCUCAAGAACAACAUGGCCACGGUUGUCAAAGACAAGAAAAAGAUCGAGGACACAAUUGUCAAGCUUGAUGAGUAUAAGAAAGAAGCACUGCACAAGACUUGGACGAAGGUCAACAAAGACUUUGGCGACAUUUUCAACGAGAUCCUACCUGGCAGUUAUGCAAAAUUAGACCCGCCUGAGGGCAAGACAAUCGCUGAUGGUCUCGAGGUCAAGGUCAUGCUCGGUAAGGUCUGGAAACAGUCUCUUACUGAGCUGUCUGGAGGUCAACGAUCUCUGAUUGCGCUUUCGCUCAUCAUGGCACUACUACAAUUCAAGCCUGCGCCUAUGUACAUUCUAGACGAGGUUGAUGCUGCGCUCGACAUAUCGCACACGCAGAACAUCGGUCACCUCAUCAAGACACGGUUCAAGGGCUCGCAAUUUAUUGUAGUCAGUCUCAAGGACGGUAUGUUCCAAAACGCGAACCGGCUGUUUAGAACACGGUUUGUGGACGGCACGAGUGUUGUGCAGGCAACGAGUGCUUCGGGAUAGGAAGUGGACUGUUUUGACGAUGUAUAAUGUGUCACGAAGCGUGGUCCGGGAUACCCGGUGCAUAAGGGUGGGAGUUCGUUUGCAUAGCUUGGCGUUUGUUGGCGUUUGUGGCUCCGUUUCGGGGCUAAAGUCUGGUUUGGA